AUGGCUCUCCGCCUCGCAGUGGGCCGCCCAUUGGCCGCCGUCGCCCGCUCGCCGUGCUGCUCCCACGCCGCGGUGCGCACCUUCGCCUCGACGGCGCUGAGGGCAAAGGAAGUCGCGGGACAGGCGGCCGACACGCCGAACAUGCGGUACGCCCCCCGCGACCCCAUGGCCAAGCUCAAGGCCGCCAUCGUGAACCCGGCCGACAAGUACAAGGAGAAAGGCGAGGCGCUGCACAAGUACGGCCAGUACCUCAUGUCGUGUCUGCCCAAAUACGUCCAGCAGUUUUCAGUAUGGAAGGACGAAUUGACCAUCUACAUCCCGCCCGCCGGCGUCCUCCCCACCUUCACCUUCCUCAAGAACCACACGGCCGCCGAGUACACGCAGAUCUCCGACAUCACAGCCGUCGACUACCCCACCAAGGACCAGCGCUUCGAGGUCGUCUACAACAUGCUCAGCAUCCGCCACAACUCGCGCCUGAGGGUCAAGACAUAUGCCGACGAGGCCACCCCCGUGCCCAGUCUCUGCGAUCUCUACGACGGCGCCAACUGGUACGAGCGAGAGGUGUACGAUUUGUUUGGCGUCUUCUUUGUCGGCCACCCCGAUCUGAGGCGCAUCAUGACCGACUACGGUUUUGACGGCCACCCCCUGCGAAAGGACUUCCCCAUGACGGGAUACACGGAAAUCCGCUACGACGAAGAGAAGAAGAGGAUUGUGGUAGAGCCAUUGGAGAUGACGCAGGCAUUCAGGAACUUCAAGGGCGGCUCCUCAGCAUGGGAGCAGGUCGGUCCUGGUGACGAUCUGAAGCCAGACAACCCAGAGCCGCCAAAAGAGGGCGAGCAGAAGAAAUAG